AAUUCCAAAAAGAAAAUCUAUUAGAGGACACGUCAGAGAUACCAGAGAGGCGAUAACUGCAGAGGGAGAGGGAACUCGAAGCUGGAAUUGGCGUUGAUGACAGUAAAAAGAAUCGCCAUGAAAACCGACGAGUUGAUCAGAUUUUAGCUGAAAACUGAACUUCCCUCAUUUCGCUAUGUGCAAUUGCCUUUCUCCUACUACUUUCUUUCCUCAUUCUGCUUCGUUUUCAUUUGGCUUUACUACUUCAAAAUUGACCCACAAAUCGCCACCCUUUUUUGGUAGUACUCCUUACUCACAUCGCAAUUUAGAACUUGGUAAAUCGAAAAGGGGCAUACCCAAGUCGAGUAGUUCAGAUGGGUAUGAUUUUUUCGAUGAUUUAUGGUUUAAAAGCAAGGAAGAAACUGAAAUUCCGGUGAUUGAAGCUUCAAAAAUUGAAAAACAAGCGGAUAUUCCGAGUCCCAGAAAAGGAAUUAAUGAUGAGGAUGAUGAUAGAGGGGUUGGGUUUCUUGAAUUGGGUAGAGAAGCAGAGGAGAUAAUGAAAAGAGAUGUGGGAGAAAAAAUUGAACUGGAAAAGGGGAUUGUGCGGAGGAAGAAGCAAAUGAUGAAAAGAUCGAAUUUGAUUGCGAAGCAAGUGAUCAGCAUUCAGUCUGCUCUCAGUUUGGGCUUUGUUUCGCAGCUUUGGGUGGACAUAAAUUCUUGGAUUGUUUUCCUAGUUGAAGUGAGGCCAAACUUACUUUCUGGUGAAGGGGAAAAGUUUCUGCUGGAGGAUGUCAAACAGGUAGGAGAUGUUGUGCUUGUUGGGGAUGAGAGUGUGAUGGAAAAUGAAUUCAAGCUUGUUGGACUGCAGACAUUGGUGGGGUACAACGUUGUAACGCCACGUCAACGGAAUGUUGGGAAGGUUCGUGGCUAUACUUUCAAUAUUAACUCAGGGGCAGUAGAAUCUCUGGAGCUUGAUUCCUUGGGAAUAUCCAUAAUACCAUCCACCUUGGUCAGCACCUACGGUUUAUUUGUUGAGGAUGUGGUCGACGUUUUAUCAGAUACCAUUGUUGUUCAUGAAGCUGCAGCCUCACGCCUACAGAGACUUACUAAGGGAUUAUGGGAUGCCCAGAAAAUGGCUUACUCUGCAGAUGAAAUGCAAGAUUAUAGCAACUUAAGAAACACACGUGCUAAGCCGGAGUAUAGCAGAAGUCGUAAAAAAUCUUCAGGAAAAAAGUUAAGGAAGAAACUGAAAGAACUUGCUGAUGAUUGGGACCUCCCUAUGGAUUUCUUUUAACCUGCUACAUUUCUCCACAAUGUACAUCACACCAAAAGGACACUGAUUCUCUGUCCUUUCUCUAACUACGUUAACGGUGUAAGACACAAUUUACUCGUUUUUGGACGAAGUGCCCAUUUGGUACGUAUGAGUGUCUGUUUUGGUACGUUGUGUCAAAAUAAUUGCCCAUUUGGCACCAGACUCUUGUAAUCUGUAGUGUCUAACACAGUCUCUGAGUUCAUGUAGCUAAUUGUAUGACCAAAAUGGCCAUCUGUACUCGUUGUUUCUUCUUGAAUCUUUAUGGAUGGCAAAUUUGUCACAAAACCAUGUAACCCGCUUGACCUGUUCAUGUUUUAAUGGGUUUUGC